AGGGUGCUAUAAAUACUCCAAACAAACAACACUCUAAACAAACAGCGUAGAAUAACAUUGAGAUCUAGAGAUAAACUUGUUUAAUAUUUUUAGUUCGGGUAUUAUUGUAUUACUUUUCUGAGCAAAUAUGUCUAACACGCAAUCCCAAGUCCAGGGCAAGGGUGAGGAGUUGUUGCAGUCCACAAAGGAUGCAGCCGGUGCAGCUCAAAACAAGACCGCUGAUGCAGCUCAAGCAGCUAAAAACAAGACGUGUGAUGCGGCUCAAUCAGCUAAAAACACGACGUCUGAUGCAGCUCAAUCAGCUGGCAAGUCUGCCCAACAAGGGAAGGAACAGAGUACCGGUUUCAUCCAGCAGACAGGAGAACAGGUGAUGAGCAUGGCUCAGGGCGCUGUGGGCACUGUGAAGAACACACUUGGAAUGGGUGACAAGAAAUGAACGAAAAACAGCUUUCUGUCUCUCAUUAUGAUGUCUUCCUGCAUUAAUGCAUGGAUUUAGGUUUUUCUAGGUUCUAGCUCUUUCCCAAUUCUGGGACAAGCAAAAUUGUAAUAAAGCCUUUUGUGGCUUAGUAAUAAUGCAAAACAAACUUAUUUUGUUU